AGUGGCGGGCGCCCAGGCAGAUGCGAUCCAGCGGCUCUGGGGGCGGCAGCAGCAGUGGCAACUGGCACCUUGCGCUGCUUCUGUCCAGGGGUUCUCGGGGCAGUAAGACGCUUUCCGUCCGCCCCCUGGCCAGUCAACAAAACUGAGGGCGCUGCUGGUAGGUGAAGAGGGGGCUGGCUACAGUGCGGGCUCCUCUGCCCGGAAUGUUUUCAUUAGGCGGCAGCGGCCGGGGCCGCCCGGGUGCUUGUGAGUGAACUCCGAGGAACCAAGACGUCGGUGACAGCAAGGACGCUGCAAACUUGCGCGCGUGGUAGCAGCGAGAGCCUCCUUCUCCGCAACGCAGAGCUCGCGUUCACGCCCAGAAGUUCAGCGGGCAGGGUGAUCGAUCCGAAGACUUCCUGCUGCGGAGGUCACUUGAGGGGGCGCUAGAAAGCAGCCCCCUCCGGUGGUCCUUGCCUAGACCUGGGAAGGAGCGCAGUGGAGGUGACAGGAGCGGAGGACGUUGGACAAGACAGUCACUGACUCGGAGCCGCGGUUCGCAGCCUGGAAAGUUGCAGAAGAUUGGAGGCUAAAAGGAGAGCUCUGGUCGCCGAGGGCUCCUUGAACGGUACCUAUCUGCCGCCUCCCUCAACCAUAGUAAUUUCUCUGGUCCCCGAGCGAAGGCCUCUACAAAUGGGGCGCAGCAUGGCGAGAGGCUCAAGAUCCAGCUGUUGAACCCAAGGUGUCUCACUGUCUCCUAACUCCCCCCUGACUUUCUCUUCCGUUUUGCUGAGAACCCUUCUCGCCUCCUUGUAGCUUGGGGAAAGCAGGGCGCUCUAUAGUGUACACACAGUCCCUGAGAUCUAGUGGAAGGAGCCGUUCAGGACCGAGGACUAUUUGGAGCCCUUUCCUGUUUUGGGGAGAGUGAAGGGCGAGGCUGGACCAGGAGGGGAAGGGAGGCUAGUGUAAACUCGCCCUCCGGCGGAAUGGGAGCUCUUGGGUUCCUGUGGCUGCUGCCGCCGCUGCUUUUGGCAGCAGCCUCAUACUCCGGAGCUGCGACCGAUCAGCGCGCGGGUUCCCCAGCCUCAGGGCCGCCUCUGCAGCCCCGUGAACCGCUCAGUUAUUCGCGCCUGCAGAGGAAGAGUCUGGCAGUGGACUUCGUGGUGCCCUCGCUCUUCCGCGUCUAUGCCCGAGACCUGCUGCUGCCGCAGCCACCGUCCCCCUCGGAGCCCGGGGCUGGAGGGCUGGAGGCGCGGGGAUCACUGGCUCUGGAUUGCGAUCCUCUGCUCAGGCUGCUGGGUCCACCGCCUGGAAUCUCCUGGCCAGAGGGAGCCAGUUCUGGUCCCGAGGCGGGUCCGACGCUGUCCAGGGUGCUGAAGGGAGGCUCGGUGCGCAAGCUCAGGCGUGCCAAACAGCUGGUGCUGGAGCUGGGCGAGGAGACGAUCCUUGAAGGCUGCAUUGGUCCCCCAGAGGAGGCAGCGGCUGUGGGGAUACUCCAGUUCAACCUCAGCGAGCUGUUCAGCUGGUGGAUUCUCCACGGCGAAGGGCGGCUGAGGAUCCGCCUGAUGCCUGAGAAGAAGGCAUCGGAAGUAGGCAGGGAGGGAAGACUAUCCACUGCGAUCCGAGCCUCCCAGCCCCGCCUUCUCUUCCAGAUCUUCGGGACCGGUCACAGUUCCUUCGAGUCAUCCUCAGAAAUGCCUUCUCCUCCUGGUAACUUCAUGUGGAAUCUGACCUGGACAAUGAAAGACUCCUUCCCUUUCCUUUCCCACCGCAGUCGAUAUGGUCUGGAGUGCAGCUUUGACUUCCCCUGUGAGCUGGAAUAUUCUCCUCCCCUCCAUGACCGUGGGAACCAGAGCUGGUCCUGGCGCCGUGUGCCCUCUGAGGAGGCCUCUAGGAUGAACUUGUUGGAUGGGCCAGAGGCAGAGCUUUCUAAUGAGAUGCCCAGAGGCUCCUUCCUCCUCCUGAACACCUCUGCAGAUUCCAAGCAUACCAUUCUGAGCCCAUGGAUGAGGAGCAGUAGUGACCACUGUACGCUGGCUGUCUCGGUGCACAGACAUCUUCAGCCUUCUGGGAGAUAUGUUGCCCAGCUCCUGCCCCACAACGAAGCUGGAAGAGAGAUUCUUCUGGUGCCUACCCCAGGGAAACAUGGCUGGACAGUGCUGCAUGGGAGAAUCGGGCGCCCAGCAAACCCAUUUCGAGUAGCCCUGGAAUACAUCUCCAGUGGAAACCGGAGCUUGUCAGCGGUGGAUUUCUUUGCCCUGAAGAACUGCAGUGAAGGAACAUCCCCAGGCUCCAAGAUGGCCUUGCAGAGUUCCUUCACUUGUUGGAAUGGAACAGUCCUCCAGCUUGGGCAAGCCUGUGACUUUCACCAGGACUGUGCCCAAGGAGAAGAUGAGGGCCAGCUGUGCAGUAAACUUCCUGCUGGUUUUUAUUGUAACUUCGAAAAUGGCUUCUGUGGCUGGACCCAAAGUCCGCUCUCACCCCAUAUGCCCCGGUGGCACGUAAGGACCCUAAAGGAACCCCGUUACCAGGGCCACCAAGGCCAGGCCCUGUUGCUCAGCACCACUGACGUCCCCACUUCUGAAAGUGCAACAGUGACCAGUGCUACAUUCCCUGCACCAAUGAAGAACUCUCCUUGUGAGCUCCGGAUGUCCUGGCUCAUCCGAGGAGUUUUAAGAGGAAAUGUAUCUUUGGUGCUGGUGGAGAACAAAACUGGAAAGGAGCAAAGCCGAAAGGUCUGGCAUGUUGCCACCAAUGAAGGCUUAAGCCUGUGGCAGUGGACAGUGCUGUCUCUCCUGGAUGUGACUGACAGGUUCUGGCUGCAAAUAGUCACAUGGUGGGGUCCAGGAUCCAGGGCAACCGUGGCAUUUGACAACAUUUCCAUCAGCCUCGACUGCUACCUCACCAUCAGUGGGGAGGAAAAAAUGCCCCUGAAUGCAGUACCUAAAUCCAGAAAUCUGUUUGAGAAAAACCCAAACAAGGAGCCAAAAUCCUGGGCGAACAUAUCAAGACCCACUCCCAUCUUCGACCCUACAGUUCAUUGGCUGUUCACCACGUGUGGGGCCAGUGGACCUCAUGGCCCCACACAGGCACAGUGCAACAAUGCCUACCAGAACUCCAACUUGAGCGUGGUGGUGGGAAGCGAAGGGCCCUUGAGGGGCAUCCAGAUUUGGAAAGUGCCGGCUACUGACACCUACAGUAUCUCGGGCUAUGGAGCAGCUGGUGGGAAAGGUGGGAAGAACACCAUGAUGCGGUCCCAUGGAGUGUCUGUCCUGGGCAUCUUCAAUCUGGAGAAGGACGACACACUCUACAUUCUUGUCGGUCAGCAAGGGGAGGAUGCCUGUCCCAGGGCAAACCAGCUAAUCCAGAAAGUCUGUGUUGGCGAGAACAAUGUCAUAGAAGAAGAGAUCCGAGUGAACAGAAGCGUGCACGAGUGGGCAGGAGGAGGAGGAGGUGGGGGUGGAGCCACCUACGUGUUUAAGAUGAAAGAUGGAGUGCCUGUACCCCUGAUCAUUGCAGCCGGUGGUGGUGGCAGGGCCUAUGGGGCCAAGACAGAAACGUUCCACCCAGAGAGACUGGAGAAUAACUCCUCAGUUCUAGGGCUGAACGGCAAUUCCGGAGCCGCAGGUGGUGGAGGCGGCUGGAAUGAUAACACUUCCUUCCUCUGGGCCGGAAAGUCUUUGCUGGAGGGUGCUGCCGGAGGACAUUCCUGCCCCCAGGCCAUGAAGAAGUGGGGGUGGGAGACAAGAGGGGGUUUCGGAGGGGGUGGAGGGGGGUGCUCCUCAGGUGGAGGAGGCGGAGGAUAUAUAGGUGGCAACGCAGCAUCAAACAAUGACCCCGAAAUGGAUGGGGAAGAUGGGGUUUCCUUCAUCAGUCCAUUGGGUAUCCUGUACACCCCGGCCUUAAAAGUGAUGGAGGGCCAUGGGGAAGUGAAUAUCAAGCAUUAUCUAAACUGCAGUCACUGUGAGGUAGACGAAUGUCACAUGGACCCUGAGAGCCACAAAGUCAUCUGCUUCUGUGACCAUGGGACUGUGCUGGCUGACGAUGGCGUCUCCUGCAUUGUGUCGCCCACCCCGGAACCCCACCUGCCGCUCUCAUUGAUCCUCUCCGUCGUGACCUCUGCCCUGGUGGCUGCCCUCGUUCUGGCAUUCUCUGGCAUCAUGAUUGUGUACCGCCGGAAGCACCAGGAGUUGCAAGCUAUGCAGAUGGAGCUGCAGAGCCCAGAGUACAAACUGAGCAAGCUACGGACCUCGACCAUCAUGACCGACUACAACCCCAAUUACUGCUUUGCUGGCAAGACCUCAUCCAUCAGUGACCUGAAGGAGGUGCCACGGAAAAACAUCACCCUCAUCCGGGGCCUAGGCCAUGGCGCAUUUGGGGAGGUGUAUGAAGGCCAGGUAUCUGGAAUGCCCAAUGACCCAAGCCCUCUACAAGUGGCUGUAAAGACGCUGCCGGAAGUGUGUUCAGAACAAGAUGAGCUGGACUUCCUCAUGGAAGCUCUGAUCAUCAGGGAUAUUGCUGCUAGGAACUGUCUGCUGACCUGCCCAGGAGCUGGGAGAAUAGCAAAGAUUGGAGACUUUGGGAUGGCCCGAGAUAUCUACAGGGCCAGCUACUACAGGAAGGGAGGCUGCGCCAUGCUGCCGGUAAAGUGGAUGCCCCCAGAAGCCUUCAUGGAAGGAAUAUUCACCUCUAAGACAGAUACAUGGUCUUUUGGAGUGUUGCUGUGGGAAAUAUUUUCUCUCGGAUAUAUGCCAUACCCCAGCAAGAGCAACCAGGAAGUUCUGGAGUUUGUCACCAGUGGAGGACGGAUGGACCCGCCUAAGAACUGCCCCGGGCCUGUAUACCGGAUAAUGACUCAAUGCUGGCAGCAUCAGCCUGAAGACAGACCCAACUUUGCCAUCAUUUUGGAGAGGAUCGAAUACUGCACCCAGGACCCUGAUGUCAUCAACACAGCUCUGCCCAUUGAAUACGGGCCAGUAGUAGAAGAGGAGGAGAAAGUGCCCAUGCGCCCCAAAGACCCCGAGGGGAUGCCUCCUCUGCUGGUGUCUCCCCAGUCUGCAAAGCAUGAAGAGGCGUCGGCAGCCCCCCAACCCGCAGCCCUGGCGGCACCAGGCCCAUUGGUGAAGAAGCCCCCGGUUGCGGGCGCGGGAGCCGGCGCGGGCCCGGUGCCCCGAGGUGCAGAGAAUCGGGGCCAUGUGAACAUGGCGUUCUCUCAGCCCAACCCUCCCCCGGAGCUGCACAAAGGCCCAGGCUCCAGAAACAAGCCGACCAGCCUGUGGAACCCCACCUAUGGCUCCUGGUUUACCGAGAAGCCUGCCAAAAAGACCCAUCCCCCGCCGGGCGCCGAGCCGCAGGUGCGGGCAGGAGCGGCCGAGGGUGGCUGGACCGGGCCGGGGGGAGCGGGGCCCCGCAGAGCCGAGGCUGCGCUGCUGCUCGAGCCAUCGGCACUGAGCGCCACCAUGAAGGAGGUGCCGCUCUUCAGGCUGCGCCACUUCCCCUGCGGCAACGUCAACUAUGGUUACCAGCAACAGGGUCUUCCCUUGGAAGCCACCGCUGCCUCGGGGGACACAGUGCUAAAAAGCAAGAAUAAGGUCACCCAGCCAGGACCCUGAGCCCUGUGCCCCACUAGCUUUUCCCCCUGGCAGAGCAGGAGCCCACCCAGAGGGAGAUGGACAGAAUGGCUCCACCACAAACCCGAGACCAAAUGUCACUCACUUUCAUUUUUGUGCCAACUUGUUUUGAAGUGCCACAUUUAAAAAAAGAAAAAGAAAAGAAAAAAAGGAAAACUUGUGUUUUCAAGAUGUGUUAGAAGGGUUUUUGAGCAUGGGUUCAUCUAUCCUCUCAAAAGAAGAAAAUGCCAUUCUCAAAAAAGCGAUCAGUGCAAGGCCCAGAUUGGUUGCAUAAAGUUUUCGUGCAUGGCCUGCUGUACAGUCCCCUAAGGCUUCUUUCCGAUUUUUUUGUGUGUUCUCUGCUUCCGUGUAGUCAGAAGUAGCUGCUUCCACGUCUCAUAGGGGGAGUUGUAGGUGUUUCCUUGCCUUGUGGAUCUGAACCAUUUGAGGGGGCGAGGGAACAGAAAUAUAGGAAUUAAUUUCAAUGACUCAGCAUGGGGAGAGACGUUAUUUACUUGGAAAAGAAAUAUCAUAAGCUGACAUCCCUGUGGGUGGUGGUUAGAGGCUUUUAAUUGUUCUAACUCAUUGCCUAUUGUAAAAAACAAAAAAACAAAAAUGUCGUGACUAGUUUGUAGUAUAGUGAAAAACGUGUAUAUAUUCAUCUAAGCAAAAUGCAUCCAUCACAAGUGCUUUGCAUAUGAAACUCCAGUAGAGACACAACGAUUCAAACACCCUGUUAACAUACCUCAUGCCUUAAGAAAAAUCUGCCUACUGAAAAUAAAAAUACCGCGUGUGAGGUUUCCUACUGGAUUUAAAACUCAAGAUUGAAAUUACUUUCACACUUUCCAUUCAUUCAGAUCUGAUCACUUUUUAAAACUCAAGUAGCAACGACACAUAGAAGCAUAGGAAGAUACCUGUUUGUGGACAUGUAUAUCAACACAUCUGAGGCCCAGCCUUUGCCAGAGUUCCUCCCCUCCACGAUGCACUGGGCCAUUAGACUAACAGUCUUCCAGUGGUCUAGACCGAAGUCAGUCCUUCCUCAGUUCUCCCAAGCUCUCUCCCCCUUAGCCAUGAGAUCCUUGUUUGCUGGGAACACAAACAUGAUUUAAUACUCAUAGCAUAAUUUAUAUAGAUCUCAAAUGCAGAUUACAACAAAGCAUUUGGAAUUAAAGAUUGCUUGGAGAGUUGAGGUCAAUGCUGUGUUUCAGUGGGUGUUCUGAACCUGGCUUUCACAGACGAAAUUUAUUUCUAUGAAAUGGAAUCGGGAACCCAUUAAAUUUUAUACACAUGCUUAUGCAAUACUGAGUUUAUCUGUAUGUUUUCAUUUCCCCUAUCUCUGCUUUGUAUUCUCAUGUCCAGUUUUGUUCUCAGUGGAAGCCAUGAUGAAGUAUCUCUUUGGAGGGAAAAAUUUUCGUUACUCGCUAAGUACAAAGCAUUUCCAAGCAUAGGGACCGUGUGUGUGUGUGUGUGUGUGUGUGUGUGUGUGUGCGCGCCUUUCUCCUCAUCUUCUCCACUCUGUCCACUGCAAAAGUGUCACUUUGAGUGUAGGAGAGCCAAUGUGUUCUACUAUGCCAAUUCCAGACAACUGUUCAGUUUCCAUAAGGCAGUGUCUGGCCCUCGAAUUGAUUCCGAACAUCUAAAGAUUCUAUGAUAUACCCCAGGGACCACUUUCCCAUAACUUCCCCAAAAAUUUCCCAUGAGAUGUCCCUGAAGCUGGAAGACAGAUGCACAGCUGUGAAUAACAGUUCUGAAAAACGUUAUCCGUAAAGUUUCGGUUUGUGCAAAAAACAAAAAAAAAAAAAAAAAUAGGCACACAACCAAAAAACCUUGUUCCAGCUCACAAACCACCCAAGGGGAUUCCAGAGUCUCACUUUGAGAAACACUGUCCUGAAGGCUGAUGCCAGAGGAGCAGUAACGGAGAAAACAGCUCCGUUUUCUAACUGCAACAUCUCUAGUCACUAACCAACGAGGCAAUGUGUGCCGCGUGGCUGAAGAGUGAGCUCUGUCCUUAAUGGGGGAAUUUUGUCCCUUUCUGCUCUAAAAAUCUACAGAUUCAGGUUGUGCCUUACUACCACUGAUGGAUUUGUUGCUUUUCUGUCUUUAUUGGUAUCAAUGUUCGCGUAAAUGAUGGUCAAACCUUCAAGCCUGUGUACAUGGAUAAGUAAAUAAACAACUCCAUACUGAGCCAUGA